GGACGUAUUUAACAUUGUUGAUUUACCGGUACACAGCAUUCAAAGAUCAAAUUACGAACCGUAUUCACAAAACAUCUGGCCCCUAUUACGCAGUAUGUUUUCAGUGCAGGCAGCACUUAGUCCACGACUAAGUUAAGUAGAACGUGUAAGAGUCUAAGACAGAAAGAGCAUUUGUUUUUUCAUAAAUUGGACGCAUGCGUGUUGGUGUUAGUACAGAGCGUCAUCAUCAUAGUAAUGAUCAUGGCGGUCAAGUUUAUGUCCUGUUUAAUCAUUAAUCCUGUUUAACUUUAUACUGGAAUAUUACGUGUUGCACCAAUAAAACUGAAUGAAAGUCCUCCUUAAACAAGAUUCAAGAGACAGGAGGGUCAAGUUUAAAAGCGCUUCGCUACUGCUGGAUAGUACUUGAAAUUAAGAGAUGACGUUCACUCGCAUGUUUGUACGUCUUGGUGCUUGCUUGCAUUACCUUCCCAAGAGGAAUGCCCAGCCUCCAGCCUUGUGGCCCCCCGGAAUCACCAAGGGCCCCUGUGCAGCCAGCCGCACACAACACACAGCCUCGCAUUCAAAGAGCUGCCUGUGGCAGCUGCGAGAAGACUAUUUUGAGCUAAGCGUCAGUGGGCUGCUGAUGCGCUUCGACUACGUGUGGCUUCGGGAUCACUGUCGCUCUGCCUCGUGUUACAACACGAAAACAAACCAGCGCAAUCUGGACACUGCCACCGUGGAGCUGGGGAUCCGGCCUUCAAACAUCCGAGUGGACGAAGAAACCCUCUUCCUCACCUGGCCUGACGGUCACGUGACCCGGUUCAACCUGGCCUGGCUUGUGCAGAACAGCUAUGAGGGUCAGAAACAGAGAGCAGUCCAGCCCCGGAUUCUCUGGAACUCGGAGAUCUACAACGAAGCAAAAGUGCCUGCCAUCAGCUGUGAGGGCUUCAUGACCUCCGACGAGGAGCUGAAACAAUUCCUGAAAACCUUCCUGCUGUACGGCAUUGCCUUCGUGGAAGAUGUGCCCCCAACUCUAGAGGCCACUGAGACCGUUGCUCAGAGAGUCAGCCUCAUCAGGGAAACGAUGUAUGGCAGAGUAUGGAACUUUACAUCUGAUUUCUCCAGAGGAGACACAGCCUAUACUAAACUUGCAUUAGAUCGUCACACAGACACCUCAUACUUCCAGGAACCCUGUGGUAUCCAGGUGUUCCACUGUCUGAGGCACGAGGGCACAGGGGGGCGGACCCUCUUAGUGGACGGGUUUCAUGGCGCUGACAAGGUUCUGAAAGAAGCCCCAGAAAACUUUGAGCUGCUCAGCAGAGUGCCUAUAAAGCACGAGUACAUUGAGAAUGUGGGAGCCCAUCACAACCAUAUGAUUGGAGUGGGACCUGUCCUCAACGUGUACCCGUGGAACAAUGAGCUUUAUAUGAUCAGGUACAAUAACUACGACCGAGCUGUCAUUAACACAGUGCCUCACGAUACUGUGCAGCGCUGGUAUGUUGCACAUCGAGCACUCACCACUGAGCUGAGGAAACCUGAAAAUGAGCUCUGGGUGAAACUCAAACCAGGAAAGGUGCUGUUCAUUGAUAACUGGCGCGUGCUUCACGGGCGUGAGUCGUUCACAGGGUUGCGACAGCUCUGUGGCUGCUACCUCACCCGAGACGAUGUCCUCAACACGGCUAGGUCCCUGGGGCUCCAGGCAUGAACCUGACCGGGGAGCAAGCUUAACGGAACCAAAGCUCUCUCUCUACUCAAAACUACUUCACACGAUUUUAAAGCUUUUUAUUCAUUCUCUAGCAAGAUUUUUAACUGUUAAUUUUUUUUAAUGAUUAUAUAUAUAUAUACUUAUAUAAAUCUUGUGUGUGUAUCCAAAAAAAAAAACCUUUUCAUUUGUUUCAUUGUUUUCAUUUUUGUACACUGCAGUUAUACCUCCUUUCAAACCUAUAUAUCAUGUAUUUUAUUUGUUUUUAAAAUGUGUUGUUGACAAUGAUUGUAAAUGUGACUGGAAGGCAGAGCUACCUAGCGCUACAGUGUAUGCAUGUAUCAAAAGAAAUGUAAUAAAUGAAACGACAAUUCUGAAGACAUUGAAAAUAAUUCUAGUCAAAACAUUUGCCAUUGAAUGUAUUUGAGUAUUUCUACAUUCAGCACAAUUGAGUGUGUAAUAGUUGUAAAUGAUUUGCAUACAUCAACAGCUUGUAACCAGCAAAGGGAAUCCCUUCAUUCAGACCGAGCUGGGGCUAAUCAUAGGGACCCAGGUCCCGUAAAGCUGUAGGGUUUUUGUUCAUGUUUCAGAAAGUUGUUAGUGGUUCAAUUGAAGAUUUGUGUAAAACAGAAUUUGUAGAAAGCAUUAACCUCCUACUGCUGCACAUAGGGGGAAGAGCAUGCCUGUUUGGCUCACAGAAUGAGAGUGGCAUGCAGGUUACCAGGAGGAAGAGCUAUAACUAGUUUUGUGAAACAAACUGGACAGGCAAUAAGGCCUGUGAUGAGAAAGUAGUAACAGUCAGGUCCUGUUAAGAUCAGGUGUGUGUAUUCAUUGAGAUCUUCAUUUGCUGACUCAUUGAAAUAGCACAGUGAAGUACAGUGUUCCCUAUUCAGCUGAGUUGCACAGCCAUUGUAUGUACAUUUCACAUUAAGAUGUGUGAAUACCAUGUGAUUGCAACAGAGGAAGAUGCAUGUUGUAAUAAUGUAUAAACACUCUGCCAGUGUUCUGUGUGGUUGUGGAAACAAAGUAAUUCUGUCUUAGUUUGACUAGCUGGGAAUCUGGAUUCAAAGAGCAGCGCUCCUUUUAGAAGGAGCUUUGACAAAAGCAAAUGAAAUCUGUGAAACACUGAUGUUUGUGCGCUAUUGUCUUGUGGCAGUAACUGUUAUCAAGUGGGGAUAAAGCAUGAAAUAUAUUUUUCUUUUUGUUUUGGAGGAGGAUGUGUGACUCAAACACCCAUCUUGUAAUUGAGAUCUGCGACUGAGCUGUACAAAUGCUUCACUGUUCUGACCAAGAUCCCACAAUAUCUGACUGGAGAAGGUCCUCAAUAUAAAAUAACUGCCUUAAGCAAAGCAAAGGAAACAUAGAACGGAUGGGUCCUUGUGAAUGUAUCAGUCAUAGUGGCAAACCUAUGGUACUCAUUACAUUGUGGUAACCAAUAAAUAUGUGAAUUACUGAAAAUAUAAAGGAUCAUUUUGAAGAAAAAUAA